GUCGAGUCAUCUGGCUACACUGUUAUUGUGUGGAGAAAGGUGUUUCAGCUAUUGUGUCAGUGUCUCGAAAUUACUCGAAUAAUAAUCUAUGCCAGAAUGUUGGCCGCUACACAAGUACCUUGAGUUGAGUACAGUGGUUCUGUUCAAGACACAGGAGUAAAGUGUAAGCGAGUGUUUAUAGUAAUCCUUGGAUUAGUGUCUUCGUACAAGCCUCUUAUUUGUCUGGGAUACAUUCGACCAUGGCCCCAGUAACAGAAGACAAAAUCGUUCCCAAAAGGACUAAUGGUGAUGAAUCUGACGAAGGGUUCGUCUCUCCAUCUGUAGGUCUAAGGAACCAUAAGGAUUCUAUUAUACAGUCUGAGAGUGAAAGUGGAAACAGUAGCUCAGACAAUGACAGUCAAGCUGGUUCUUCCUCCGCGACAACGUCGUCAGAGUCAUCCCAAGCCCUACAGAAUUCAGACGAGGAAAUGGAGGAGAACACGACCUCGGCAACGGGAACGUCUCAUUCCGAUAACAAAAAUAGCAAAGAUGAAGAAGCACCUCAUGCUAAGUGCAACUCCAGUCCUGACAGCCAAACCGCCGUUACGCCGUCAGCCCCUCCAGCGGCUGUUGUAGCCAAAGAAGACCCAGCUGCGGAAUCCAAGGCGGAGCAGUUAGCGAAAUUCGUAGUGUACUCGUUAUUGGAGAAACACAAUGGAGAUUCUAGUGACAAAGUGGAAAGGACCUUAUUGCGCUGUGUGAAAAUGAUGAUGCAGAAACACGAAAUUCUUUUCAAGGGCAUGAUGAAACGGGUGCAGGUGACCCGAGAGACAGGGUACGUCUCCUUUGUGACUGUGGCCAAUACCCUCUUCGAGGAGGAUAAGAUGGUCAUCACCUGGAGUAGGAUUGUGGCGCUCUAUGCCUUUGGUGGACAGUUAGCUUUAUACUGCAAAGAGAAGGGCAUGGAGGACUUUGCGUGUACGGUUGCAGACUUUAUGGGGAAAUAUGCUAAAGAAGUGUUGACACCUUUCGUAACGAAUAUAGGAGGAUGGAGCAAGAUUUGUGACGAAUUCCCUGAAGAAACAGACCUCGAGAAUAGAGUUAGACGUGUCCUAUCGUGGACUGCUGUGGGUUUAGGAGUUGCAGCGACAGUUUCGUAUCUGACUUCACGCUAAUUUAUCUGGAUUUGGUCUGCAACAUGCUUUAAUUUAUAUUGUGUGUUCUCCGUUAACUAUUGCACUCCUUUUCUUUGGUUGAUGUUAUAUUAUCCCACUUUUGUCGUAAAUUAUUUUAGAAAACUACAGUGCUGCUUUUCUCUUAAGUACUACAAGUUUAAUACAAUAAUUACUGUAUGCCUAAGUACAGUCUAUAUAUGAUAGUUGACUGUGGCUAACAAAUUGCUAUUUGCAAAUCCUCUGUGGCUAAUUAGUUAGUUUUACAUAUUUACGGUCUAGAUUACUAUACUACAUUUGUUUCUGUUUAUAUGAAAUAUUAAUGUAACUGAGGAACUUCAUAUGCUUAAUACACAACUGAAUGUGUAUUAUUUAGUAAGGUUCUAAUUAAUAACUUACGAACUGCUUUGUUUUGAAGAUUUAGAGUCCAUUAUAGUAAUUAUGCUAUGAACUUUAUAUAUGAAAUUUAUAUGGCUAUGUACAGUGUAAUAUCAUCUGUCCCUUGAGUAAUAUUUUCAAUUGAUACUGAUGUAUAUAAUUAUAUGCUUAAAAUCCUUCUUGGAUUUUAGCAUCACUUCAUAUUAAGGCUCUAAAAUUUUAGGUUUCUCAAGUAUAAGCCCAGCAGCAGUUUAGCUGUAAAUUUUGGGGCCCAUAAUAAGAGGGAAACUUUUGCCGUCUUUCCUGAAAUGCUAUAUUAAUAUUCAUGGUCUUUCAUUCUAUUAUAUUGCAGUGUAGUAUAACAUUUUUUAAGAUUCAAAUAAUCAAGGAAUUUUUUUGUUUUCUUGUUCAAGAAUUAAUACUUUACUAUCAUUCUUAUCCAUUUUCUCUUUGUAAAGUAAAUCUCUUUCCAUGAUGAAGUUGAUGAACUGUUCAAUAUCUUGAUCAGUUCUAGUGAAAAAGAAAAAAUGGAAUUUAAUUUUUUGGAAAUUUUCAUUGUUCUGUGAAGGCAGUUUUAAUGCAAAUUUUUAUGGUCCUUUUGGCUUUGAUCUGUUGUUUAUGGAGCAGGUGGUUACAUAAUUUGUUUCCAAGUACAUGUAGGUUGAGUAGCAUUAGAUAAAUGAAACUUAUCUGGUGAUAAAUAUUAGCUUUUGUUCUCAAAUAACUUCAUUUGUACCAACAUUACUAGGUUACUGUUUUUAUUUAAUAGCUUGUAAAUAUGUACAGUUUAGAGAGUAUUACAAAUGAUUCAUUUCCUAUCUUUAUUAUCAUAAAGCACAAUUAACUGUAGAUGUCUAGUCAUAGAAAACAAUUUUCUUCCUAAUCAUAUUACACUGUACAGAUUUUGAUUUUUUGCCAUUAUUAUAAAAAAAUGGUAUUACAUAAACAUACCUGCAGAAAUUAAGACCAACUAAACUAACCUCUAAAUCUUUUUUUAUAUUCUAUGAUGUAGAAUAUACAUUUAUUUUUGUACUGCAUUACAUGAUUGUAAUUUUAUUGUAAGAGGUUAGCUUACAAAUGUGAAUACAAGUUAAUAAUACAUUUGGGAUUUUUUAUAAAUACAUUUUUUGGUGCAGUUUAA